AUGCCGUCUCCCGUGUUCACAUUUAUUGGACCCGACUCCGCGACCCAUAUGGCGGAGGAAAUCAAAGAUGCCUCAAUUACACUUCCUCGGGCCAUGAUCAUUAUGCCAUUUGUCCAGACAUUUUCUAUUGCAACAGAGCCACACAUCGGAACAUCUGUCAUGACUGCGAUUCUAAUUACGUUGACAACAUUUGGAUGCAUUACAAAUGUGGCUACAGCAUCGCGUCAAAUGUUUGCCUUUGCUCGUGAUAAAAAGCUGCCAUUUUCGACGUCCCUUGCCCAUGUACACCCAGGAUGGGAUGUUCCCCUCAACGCUAUUGCCGUCUCUUACUGCAUCACCAUUUUGUUAUCCUUUAUCAACAUCGACUCCACUGUGGCCUUCAACGCCAUCGCAUCUCUCGGAACAGCAGCCCUCAUAUCUUCCUACAUUAUUUCCAUCACUUGUGUUGCAAUUAAGAGGUGUUGUGGAGAGAAACUGCCCCCCUCGCGAUGGAGUCUGGGUCAAUUUGGAGGCCCGAUCAACAUGCUUGCAGUGCUAUAG